AUGAGCAACACUAGUGUGGCUACCAACUCGACCAGUGCACACCCCUACUCACCUCCAAUGAUAAGCGAUGCCAUCACCGUACAGAUCAUUACGCUUAUUUCGAUUAUAGGCGGGUUCGCGUCUAUUAUUGGUACGGGCACAAACACGGUCAAUAUCGUCAUAUUUCUCAAACAGGGACUACAAGACAGCGUCAACAUUAGCCUGUUUAGCCUGGCUAUCUCGGAUAUACUUUCUCUCAUUUCGUUUGGAAUCCUGGCGCUGUGGGUGAGCCCGAUUUACGUGUACUCCGAGUUGGACGUCAUUUCCGGCGAGUUUGAGUACAUCGUUGGGGGGAUGUUUCACUCAACCAUGACUAGAAUUACUGGUUGGAUCACGGCCUUCAUUACUUUAGAAAGAUGUCUAUGCGUGGCCAUCCCGCUUAAAGUCAAAUCAAUCCUUACCAUUAAAAGAGUGGCUAUCUGUAUGGUUUCCGUGUUUCUCAUCGUCUUCAUCAGCUACAUGCCCUUAUUCUACACUAACCAAAUCGUGUGGAAAUUUUUCCCACUUUUCAACCGCACGAUGCUUGGGAUUACAUUCACCCCAGAUAGAGCUCUCAUCGACUUCUUUGUUUUCUUAUUCCACACCGUCAUCUCCACAUUCGGGUCUUUCAUCGCCGUCCUCAUCUGCACUAUCACGCUCGUUAUCGAACUUAAACAAAAAACAAAAUGGCGAAAACAAGCUACCAUGACCAGCAGCGUGAAACCUGGCGAGGCCAAAAGCAUCUCCAGCAAAGAGAUCAAAGUCAUCCGUAUGAUCGUUCUCCUGUCCACCGCGUUCAUCAUCAGCUCCACGCCCACCAUGGCGUUCACCAUCUGGUCCAUCGCUGACCAGAGCUUCACGGCGGUGGGCUACAACCGCAACAUCUUCAACGUCUCCUUCUCCUUCAUCUUCCUCAUCGAGGCCCUCAACUCCAGCAUCAGCAUGCUGGUCUACUACACCAUGAGCACCAAGUUCAAGGUCACGUGUCGCGAGAUGCUCCCCUCGUGCCUGCUGAAGCCGGAGGGUGAGGCGAAGAAAUGA